AUGCCAGUGACGUACAGCGUUGUAUCAAACAACAUAGAAGAGUGUGGAAAGAUCUGCAACUUGGACCUCAAGAACAAUCACACUUCCUCCGACGUCCACUCGCACUCGGCCUGUGACAAGAAAAUAGACAGCGGGAGGAGGCGUUCGGAAGCCUCCGCUGGGGGACCACCAGGGAUGAACAACUACAACGGGAAAGUUCUGACAAGAGGCUCCGGCCAAGCACGGAGCCGCUUUGUAAAAAAAAACGGACAAUGUAAUGUUGUCUUCACGAACAUGGAGGAAAAGCGGCAGCGUUACCUAGCGGAUAUUUUCACCACCUGUGUGGACAUCCGCUGGAGAUACCUGAUGUUUGUAUUCUGCACCAGUUUUUUGAUCUCCUGGCUUUUCUUCGGCAUCAUUUUUUACAGCGUCUCCUUCUCCCACGGGGACUUUGAGGAGCAUCUUAUGGUGAAAGGGGAGGGGAUAGAGGUGAGUGGGUCGUACAGUACGCCCAAUUCCGGACAAACUACAGCAGGUCAGACAAGAAGAAUGCCUUGCAUCCUUCAUGUCCAGGGAUUUGUCGGCGCUCUUUUGUUUUCCAUGGAAACGCAGACCACCAUCGGCUACGGUUGGCGCUGCGUCACCGAGGAAUGUCCCUUGGCUGUCAUAACGGUCGUCGUUCAAUCCAUCCUGGGUUGCAUCAUUGACUCCUUCAUGAUUGGCACCAUCAUGGCGAAGAUGGCACGGCCCAAGAAGAGAAACCAAACGCUUGUGUUCUCCAAAAAUGCUGUCGUUGCUCUUCGUGAUGGUAAGCUGUGCCUCAUGUGGAGAGUGGGGAACCUACGUAAGAGCCACAUCGUGGAAGCUCACGUCCGGGCGCAGCUUAUUCGUUCCUACGUUACGGCGGAAGGAGAAUUCAUCCCGAUGGAGCAGAUGGACCUCAACGUGGGUUACGAUGAAGGCACGGACAGGUUGUUUCUGGUGUCCCCGCUGGUUAUCGUCCACGAGAUAGACAAAGACAGUCCCUUGUAUACGAUCAGCCGAGUCGAUCUGGAGACUGAUGAUUUUGAAAUUGUCGUGAUCUUGGAAGGAAUGGUGGAAGCCACAGCCAUGACCACCCAGUUUCGUAGUUCUUACAUAUCCAAGGAGAUCUUCUGGGGCCACAGGUUCGAGCCUGUCAUUUAUGAGGACCGCAACUGCUACAAGGUGGAUUACGCACGCUUCGACUCCACGUACGAGGUGUCGUCGACACCCAACUUCAGCGCCAAAGAGCUGGACGAGACCGCGAGUCGCAAUGUUUCUCCUAUCUCGGCGUGUAUGUCUUCAAAAAGUUUGAUCCCUUGUUCGGUCAGUACCUUCUGCUAUGAGAACGAGGUAGCGCUGAGCUGCGGGGAAGAAGAAGAAGACAUCUUUGACUCCUGUCAGAUUGGAGGGAAAGAAAGAGUAGAGGAGAGAAGGACUUCUGUGGACUUCCAGAAUAUUUUUAAAGACACAAGCACCGUGACAUCCGGCAGUCACAAUCUCAUGUGUGUUCUGGACAUGGACAAUAAUCAGAUGGAGUUUGACAUCCUCCAGAAAACCAUUCCACUCGAUCCAGUCACCUAUAAGAACGAGCCAGACAUUUGAAGAGCUCAGAGAAGAUGCGCAUUGAACUCAUUCACUGCCAACCCAGGUAAUAUCUUUGACGUCUAGAAUCGUCAAUGGUACUGAAUGAGUUCUACUGUUUAGCAGUUUAGCGAAAUCGUGUACUCAAAUAUAUACACCAAAAUAGACUCCCGUGGUCACACUUUGGAAUGAUGUCAGCCAUGAUGUAAAGUCAUUGUAACAAAAGGGAUGAAGUCAAGUUAAUAUGUACAAUGUAAUGUUUCUUCAAGAAGUAUUUUGUUGUUGUUGCUCUAACACGUUCCUGCUUUGUACAUGUUCCAAUCGCACAUAA